AUGCCGGUCUCGGAGAAGAGUUUUUGGGUCUUGUUCUUGGUCCUGCAGUUCUCCCGUAGGAGGUUGCAACGGUCUUCUACAAGUUCAGAUCAAUGCUUUUAUAGGGGCCUAAAGUGGUACGUUCUAUGUUAUUCUCAGAUACAUACAUGGAGAAAAUGGGAAGAAGAGGCUCAUCGAGAACAACAUGAUUCAUAUUCUGAAAUCACCAGAACAUUGACAAUGAGAAGGCAGUCAACAUUUGUAAAGUUUCAUUCGUCAAGUGCUUGGAUCAGAAACAACUUUGUUGUUUGGAUGACCUGUUUUUUCCGUCAGUUUGGACGAUCUGUUGUACGAGCAGACUACCUUACCCUCCGCAGGGGUUUUAUAUUGAACCACCAUCUUACACCAAGAUAUGAUUUUCAUAGCUACAUGAUACGCUCCAUGGAAGAAGAGUUUAAGAGGAUUGUUGGUGUAAGUGCACCACUUUGGGGUUUUGUUGUUGCUUUCAUGUUAUUCAAUGUAAAGGGCGCUAAUCUUUAUUUCUGGAUAGCCAUCAUUCCUGUCACUCUCGUGCUUCUGGUUGGUGCAAAGUUGCAGCAUGUCAUUGCAACCCUGGUAUUGGAGAAUGCUGGCUUGAGUGGAUUUGGGCCUAGAUUAAAACCUCGAGAUGAUCUUUUCUGGUUUAAAAAGCCAGAACUCUUAUUGUCUCUAAUCCAUUUCAUUCUUUUCCAGAAUGCAUUUGAGUUGGCUUCGUUCUUCUGGUUUUGGUGGCAAUUUGGAUAUAAUUCCUGCUUCAUCAGGAAUCAUUUUCUGGUAUAUGCUCGCCUUAUCUUGGGGUUCGCUGGGCAGUUCCUCUGCAGUUAUAGUACAUUGCCUCUCUAUGCAUUGGUCACUCAGAUGGGUUCAAACUAUAAAGCUGCACUUAUUCCACAAAGAAUCAGGGAGACUAUCCAUGGAUGGGGAAAGGAAGCGAGGAAGAGGAGGAAGCACCGGCGUGGCAUGGAUGAUUCAACAAUUCAUACAGAAACAAGUACAGUGUGUUCUAUUGAAGAAGAUGAGGAGCUGCUUAUGGAUCCCUCUGUUAACUCUUACAUAACUAUUGAGUUGCAACCAACAUCUACCACUACUGCUACUGUCACUGAUAGCAACCACUCUACCAUUGGUAAUGGACAUUCUAACCAUAGUGGUGCUGAAGCACCUCUUCUCCAGUCCUCAUUGUCUGUACCUUCGUCUCCAGCUCAGUCACAACUUAGAGGAAAUGGGAUUUCACGGUCAGUUUCUAUGCCAGUAUGGAGGGGAUGAAUAGAAUACACAUGUAAGUGUUCGUAUGCUGGUUAGGAUUGUAACCCAUCUCUGUUAAACUUUAAUGCUCAGCUCUGCAUAUAACAUGAUUUCAAAAGAAAUGACAGUUACAAGAAUCUUUUGAUAAUUCUGUGCCCUGAGGCUCCUUCCCUUGUCAUUUCUCAACACACUUGUUUGUGAAUCCAAAACUGAAUUCUUGUACAAAAGAGAGAGACAAAAAGAAUGAACACCUCUUAUUUUCAA